GGCUGGGAAACCUCGGGAAAUCCCUCGGAGCUGCUUUUACCCGGCUGGGAGAGGGGGAUCCACCUGCCCGUGGCAGCUCCGGUGAGCGCAGACACGGCUGGGGCUUUGGAGGGAGCUUUUGUCUUGGCAGCCGCGAUGCCCAACUUCUCCGGCAACUGGAAGAUGAAGAGCUCGGAGAACUUCGAGGAGCUGCUGAAGGCUCUGGGCGUGAACGUGAUGCUGAGGAAGAUCGCGGUGGCGGCGGCGGCCAAGCCGGCGGUGGAGAUCCGGCAGGACGGGGACGGCGAGAGCUUCUACAUCCGCACAUCGACCCCCGUGCGCACCACCGAGAUCCGCUUCAGGGUCGGGGAGGAGUUCGAGGAGCAGACGGUGGAUGGGCGGCCCUGCAAGAGCCUGGCCAGGUGGGAGGAUGAGAACAAGAACAAGAUGGUGUGCGAGCAGCGUCUGCUCAAGGGAGACGGGCCCAGGACGGGCUGGUCCCGGGAGAUGAGCAACGACGGCGAGCUCAUCCUGACCAUGACGGCCGAUGACGUUGUGUGCACCCGGGUGUACAUUCGGGAGUGACCCCCCCGCUCAGUGACCCCUCCCCACAUCCCCCCUCCCCUCCCCGUGUCCCCACAGCCCCCUGCACUGCUCCCCUGUCACAGGGGGGUGUUGCAACCCCGAACCCCCAUUUUUGGGGGGGUCACACACACCCGGAUUUCCCUCCCCGUGCAGGGCGGGGCUCUCGGGGCCAGCAGAACCUCCCGGCCCGUCCUGGCCCCGCUCUGCUCUCGGUGCUGGCUCGGCGCCGGCUGCGGCGGGGGGUAACGCGGCCCCUCCCUGCCUUUGGGGCUGCUUCCAGCUGGUUUGGCUUCUGCUGGGCUGCUCUUGGUUCCCGCAGCCCCCAGCCCUGCCCCGCCACCCCUCCCCAGUAUUUAUUUGUGAAUAUGGUACAGAUGGGGACAGCAAACCCCCCCAGCCCGGGGCAGUGCCGGGUCCCAGCCCCCUCCCCUUCCCUCUGUUGUCUCCUCCAUUUUUCAAUAAAUGUCCUGUGACCCCC